AUGGCUUCCACUGACGGAACCGAUCGCGGAAAUGGAGGUAGCGGCGGAGGCCCGAUUGAAGCUGUCUUUUGGGUCAAAGAUGCUAUGACGCAGUGGAGGAUUAAAGGCAGGGCAUUUGUUAUUGGAAAUGAAAGCUGUGACGCAGGCGAAUUGUGGUCGCGAGAGAAUAUUCAGCGAUGGGUACGACGUAGAGAAGGCAGCGCGGAAGAGGAUAUAACGAGAUGGACUUGGGAAAAGGAGAUUACGGCUAAUUUUGCGAAUCUGAGCCCCACGAUGAGAGGCUCUUUCAAAAACCCAUCUCCUGGAACACCGAGAUCGGAGCCACCAAGUGAUCCUUCGCUCAAGCUUGGCCUAACAUUGGAUGACAUUCACGAUCCGGUGGCAAGAGCGAAUUUCCGUGUCGUUGUCAUUGUCCCUGAAGAGGUUGAGAGUGUCGAUUUGACAUAUCCUGAAAAUUUCAAGAGGAUGAGGCAUGAAGAGAAACACUCGUAUUCUCCGGAGAGUAUAGGGAGGUGGAGAUGGACUAAGUGUAUCGUUGCCUACAUUUUUCCAGCGCUGUUCUACUUCACAAAUCCUUAA